GCUCAGAGGGGCGGUUCAGCUAAGUUUCUUCCUCAUCUGACGGUCCGUCGCAGCGAGGAGCCUUUCUUUCUCCGCUUUGAAAACCUUUCACCUGAUUAACGUGUUUCAUAAACACUUUAACCUCAGUUUCUUCCCUUACAUUUAUACUUUAUAACUUUUUGCCGUAUGGGACGGAACGUAUUUUCUCCAGUCUACUAUGGAUGAGGAGAGAGAGGAGGGGGGUCCUACCUCUAAGACCGCUCUGUCUGGGGAACAUGGCCGCCGGAGCAAAGCUAAGAGCCCAGAGCAGCAGCAGAGAGCAGACUCCCCUGGACCCAGCUGUGUCUCCAUGAAGAGUGGCUGGUCUAUGGAUCAUCCUGGCCUGUUUAAAGAUGGAAAUCAGUCUAUUGAGAAGAGAGGAGUCCAGCAGGAGAGAGCAGACUCCUCUGGACCCAGCUGUGUCUCCAUGAAGAGUGACCGCUCUAUGAGACCUCCUGCUAACUUUAAAGAUGGAAUUCAGUCUAUUGAGAAAAGAGUCCAGCAGCAGAGAGCAGACUCCCCUGGACCCAGCUGUGUCUCCAUGAAGAGUGACAGCUCUAUGGAACAACCUGUUAACUUUAAAGAUGGAAAUCAGUCUAUUGAGAAGAGAAGAGUCCAGCAGGAGAGAGCAGACUCCCCUGGACCCAGCUGUGUCUCCAUGAAGAGUGAUAGCUCUAUGGAACAACCUGUUAACUUUAAAGAUGUAAAUCAGUCUAUUGAGAAGAGCCCAGAGCAGCAGCAGAAAGCAGACCCCCCUGGACCCAGCUGUGUCUCCAUGAAGAGUGACCGCUCUAUGGAUGUACCAUAUCAAUUUAAAGAUGGACGCCCCUCCAGAGAGGAGAGACACCAGCAGAGGUCAGAGGUUACCAGUGCUCAAACAGAGCUGAUCAAGAGGGCUGAGGAGAACGCACACGCUUUCCUCGACAAGGAGCUGAAGAAGCUCUGGAGGGUCGUCUUCUCAGAUUACCCACAAUGCUCAGAGGGUCAGAGAGUGGAGGAGGAGGAGGUGGAUGGUAAGAAGGAGGAGCAGAGGAGGCGCGCCAUAGAGGGAGUGGUGGACAUCACAAAGCUCUGCCUGAUGGAGAUGAACCAGGAGGAACUGGCCGACAAACUGUUGAGCGGAUCUGAUGCUGUCGAUUGCCAACAUAAAAUCAAGUCUAAUUUGAAGAAGAAGUUCAGGUGUGUGUUUGAGGGAAUCGCUAAAGCAGGACAGCGAACAUAUCUGAACGACUUCUACACAGAGAUCUUCAUCACAGAGAGAGGCAGUGGAGAGGUCAACAAGGAACAUGAGGUCAGACUGAUUGAAACCGCUUCCAGGAAACCAGCCAAGGAAGAAACACCAAUCAGAUGUGAAGACAUCUUUAAACCCUUACCUGGACGCGAUCAACCAAUAAGAACAAUGAUGACAACUGGAGUGGCCGGCAUUGGUAAAACCGUCUUAACACACAAGUUCACUCUGGACUGGGCUGAAGGCAAAACCAACCAGGACAUACACUUCACAUUUCUCCUCACUUUCAGAGAUCUGAAUUUACUGAAAGGGAAAGAGUUUAGCUUGGUGGAACUUCUUCAUCACCUCUUUAUUGACACCAAAGAAGCAGGAAUCUGCAGAUUCGAACAUUUCCAAGUUGUCCUUCAUCUUGGAUGGUCUGGAUGAAUGUCGACUUCCUCUGGACUUCCAGAACAACCAGACCUGGACUGAUGUCAAAGAGCCAUCCUCUGUGGACGUGCUGCUGACCAACCUCAUCAGGGGCCACCUGCUUCCCUCUGCUCGCAUCUGGAUAACCACUCGCCCCGCCGCAGCCAAUCAGAUCCCUGCUGAGUGUGUUGACAUGGUGACAGAGGUGAGGGGGUUCAGCGACCAACAGAAGGAGAGUACUUCAGGAAGAGAUUCAGAGAGGAGCCGCUGGCCAGAACAAUCAUCUCCCACGUCAAGAAAUCACGAAGCCUCCACAUCAUGUGUCACAUCCCAGUCUUCUGUUGGAUCACUGCUUCAGUUCUGGAGGACAUCUUCCAAAAUUCCCAGAUCGAAGAGAUGCCCAAGACCGUGACUCAGAUGUACAGCCACUUCCUGAGGGUUCAGUCCAUACAGGCGGACAGGAAGUACCAUGGGAGGGCUGAAACAGAUCCAGACUGGAGCUCAGAGAGCAGGGAGAUCAUUGUUUCUCUGGGAAAACUUGCUUUUAACCAGCUGGAGAGUGGCAACCUGAUCUUCUACGAGGCAGAUAUGGCAGAGUGUGACAUCGAUAUCAGAGCAGCCUCAGUGUACUCAGGAGUGUUCACCCAGAUCUUUAAAGAGGAGUGUGGGCUGUACCAGGACAAGGUGUUCUGCUUUGUCCAUCUGAGCAUCCAGGAGUUUCUGGCUGCCCUUUAUGUCU